AUGAACGAGCAGACACCUAGCGCAGAAUUUCGGGUGAUUUUUCUCGGCGCAAGCCAGAUAAAUUUUGGCUCCCCCGAAGGUGCAUGGAAUCAUUCUGCGCGACUCGAACAGAAACUCGGCCCGCGCCUGAGAGUCACUGCGCUUGUCGACCCGGACGCGAAACGCGCACAAGAAGUUCUUGACAUGAAGCGCAAGUCGAUUGCGGCCGGCGCAUACAAAGACACACAAAUAUAUCCCGAUUUGGAAGACUAUGUUCAGAGUGUCACGAAGGAUACGUAUCCCCACGCGCUGUGGGUCGGCACUCCGCCUGCUUUCCGCGGCAGACUCGAGUCCGGCCGUAACUUGGAAGCCGUCGUGGUGGAUAAGCUCCCCCACGUCAGCAUGUUUAUUGAGAAGCCCGUAUCGACUGCAUCAGUUGCAGAGACAUGGCAAGUAUCCCAGAGCAUCUGCAAAAAGAAAGACACAAUUGUCAGUGUCGGCUACAUGCUUCGCUACCUCAAAGUUGUGCAAAAAAUGAAGCAAAUCAUCCAGGAGAACAAUCUUACUGUGACGGCCGUAAACGGCCGAUAUAUCAUGGCGUACGAGUACCUCACCAAGCAAUGGUGGUGGAACAAGAAAGAGAGCUUGGGCCCCAUCAUUGAGCAGGCUACCCACUUUGCCGAUCUUGCGCGCUACUUUGGCGGUGAAGUCGACUUGGCUACUGUAUUUGCACACACAGUCGAGCACCACGAUGACGCAGGAAAGCUGAGCAAAAUCCCUGUGGCCGAGCACGAGGUGCCGCCCGAAGAGCGUAUCCCCAGGGUAACGAGUGCUACAUGGAAGUACAAGAACGGCGCCGUCGGUUCCUUAAUGCAUGCCGUUGCAUUACACGACCAGAAAUUUUUUACCGAGAUGGAUGUAUUUGCCGAUGGAUACUACAUGCGUCUCGUAGAUCCAUACAACGCGCCUGCGUUGUACGUGCGCCGUCCGGGAGACGAAAAGGAAGAGGUGUACAAGUUUCCCGGCGACGACCCAUUCUUCUCCGAGGUCAACAACCUGGUCGACUCUAUUGAUCACGGUCCCAAUGCAGCGUCAAUCUUGAGUUUGUACGAUGACGCGACCAAGACCUACGCGUUUACCUGGGCGAUCCGUCUUGCAAGUGAAAAAAGGACGGCCGAGUUGCAGUCGUUAGCACAACUUCCCAUGUAG